AUGGCAGGUGAGUGGAGUCUGGAGAAGGCAGAGAGACGGAGCGUGGUCACUCGGUCGCUGUCUUCCACCGGAGAGGACGGGCACGGCUCGGAGCUGAGAGAUGUACUGAAGAUGAGGACCUGCGAUUGGAUAUUUAACCACUCACGCCCGCAGAGAGCCAGGGAGCCGCGGCCAAUGAGAGGGACGAGUAUCAGCGAAGGCCACGCCCUCCCCGGCUCAUGGCACACGGGCAGCCCGCAGUAG